GAAGGAGUUUACUUGGGACCUGAUGAUCUCAUAAGAUUUUUCAAUGAUUGUUUGGGUAAAUACGACGGUGCUGAUGGUUGGAAUGCUGAAGGCCUGGGUGCUUCUAGGGCAGCGAAGAGGCAGAGUUACUGCGAGGCCAACUAUAGCAAAGCCGAGCCUUUAGUAAACACUGUGAAGGGAUAUUUGAAAGAAGCUCUUCGGCGCAAGGGUGAGUCACUUUGA